AUGGAUCAAGAAAAUGAAAGAAAUGUCUCAAGACUUUGGAGAACUUUUAGAACUGUCAAAGAAAUGGUCAGAGAUAGAGGCUAUUUCAUAACUCAAGAAGAGAUUGAUUUAUCUUUGGAAGAUUUCAAAUCGAAGUAUACAAAUUCAAUGGGUACACCAGAACGUAAAAAUAUCUCAUUCCAAGCAAAUCCAACUGAAGAAACCUUGGCUAAAUUCCCUGAACUUGGAUCAUUAUGGGUUGAAUUUUGUGAUGAGCCCUCUGUUGGUGUUAAAACUAUGAAAACUUUUGUUAUCCACAUUCAAGAGAAAAACUUUCAAACAGGUAUUUUUGUCUAUCAAAAUAACAUUACUCCAAGUGCUAUGAAAUUAGUCCCAUCAAUUCCACCUGCCACUAUUGAAACUUUCCACGAAGCUUCCUUAAUCGUUAAUAUUACACAUCACGAAUUAGUUCCAAAACACAUUAGAUUAAGUGAUGAAGAAAAGAAAGAACUAUUAAAAAAAUAUAGAUUAAAAGAAUCUCAAUUACCAAGAAUUCAAAAAGCUGAUCCUGUUGCCCUUUACCUAGGGUUGAAAAGAGGUGAAGUUGUCAAGAUUAUCAGAAAGAGUGAAACUGCCGGUCGUUAUGCAAGUUACAGAAUUUGUAUGUAA